AUGGGCCAGGAAGAUAAGGUGGAAUGUACUGUAUGUGGUGGUAUUUUUAGUAUCGAUCACGGCGGCAAGUCAAAUAUCAACCAACACAUCAAAACAAAUCGACAUAAAUUAACCAGUGAUGCAGAGAAAUCCCAAAAAGUAAGCGACUUUUUCAAUACAAAAUCUUUUAACGAAAAUCAAAAUAAUCUAUCCGCCGAUGAAGGUGUUUUUGCAUAUUAUCAUAUAUGUAAACAUAAUCAUAGUAUAAGAUCAAUGGAUUGUACAUCUCAGCUUGUUAGGAAAUUAUUCAACAAAAAGUUUUCUUAUGGCAAAACAAAAACAGCAUAA